CAUGAACAGAGCAAGUAUGUCAAUCAUAUAGAUUUUUAGAAACGGGAAUAUGACUAGCUGCUCACAAGAUACUUUUGCUGCAGAUAGAAAUAUAAAAUGCUCAACCUGCCUGGGUCGCACAAGAAAAAUUGAAGAACUAGAAGGUAUGGUUUCAUGUAAAAAUGAUAUACUUAGCGCGCAACAAAGUCGAUUAUACACUUUCGAGACUAAUUACAAACGACUGUUCGAUGAUUUCGAACGAUUACGUCUAGAUUAUUCAUACGCUUUACAAGCUAAUUGUAGCUUAAAAGAAAUAAAUUUAAAGCUUGAACAAGUCACGGUAACCAAAUCCAAAAGAUGCACAUUUGAUGCUAAACAGAAGUUGUCUGCAAUUGGGGAUAGUGAAAGAAUAAUAGAAUCGUCUCAAAGCGAAAAGCAGUCGCAUUAUCAAGAAUUCAAAAAAAAAUCAACAAUAUUAGAAACUCAAAAUUAUACUUUGAAAAUAAAUAAAACUAAUCACUUUGACGUUAAAGAACCACUCCAAGGUCAAGAAUCGGGCGACAGUUUGAAUUCAAAUUCUUUCAUUAAAGAAAUUCAAGGCAAAGAAAAUCUUAUAAAAAUUAUAUUUCCGGAACAAAUAAUAAGUGAACUAUCACAUUCUGCGGUUAUAGGUACUGGAGACAGCAUGGCGUGUAAUUCAAAGUGCAUAACUAAAAAAGAUAAGCAAACCAUCACUAUCAACAUAGAAGAUCCGAAUCUUCCAAUGAUGGUAGUGGAUUUGAAAAUUCACAUGCAACAACAAUCCAAACAGUUUGAAAAAUGCGCCGGUCAAUUAGUCGACCAAUUGGACGAUAUGCACGGUAGUAAUCAAGUCUUGGCCGAUACUUUGAGCGUCGUCACCGAGGAGAAUAAGAAUAAUUUGCAGAUUAUUGCUGAUUUGAAGAGUGAACUUAAAAGGGUAAAUGAAGAAUAUGAAGCGGAAACGCGCGAAAUGAAAAGAGUAAUAGAUGAACUCGAAAAUGAGGUAGAAGAAAACAAGAUCAUUGGAAAAACCUUAAGAAAUUCCAUAAGUAUAACCGAAAGCGAGGUACAAAAAUUGCAAGGAGCACUUAAAGAAGCGGAGGAACAAAAGGGCAAACCUAAAGAUUGCAAAUGCCAGUACGGAGAAGAAUUUCAAGACGAUGACGAAAUUGAUAUGUUGAGGAGAGAAUUAGAAGAAAGAAAAACAGAAUUGGGCGAAUACGAGGAAGAAAAUAAGCAUUAUAGUCAAACGAUUGAGUCACUCAAUAAACAGAAUAACGAUUUGCUCACAAAAAUUAGACAAUUGGAAAAAAAUGGCAAUAUCCAAUCGGAGAAAAGUUGUCAUGUUUUGAAUGAUAAAAUUCAACAACUUGAAGAAGAAAAUGAAUUUUUAUAUGAGGAAGGCAAGAAACAUGAGUUGGAAAUGUACAAGAAGUUGUCAGAGGUGGACCGGCUCAAAUCUACGGUAAUAACUCAAGGAAACGAACUAGAUGGGUUAUCCUUUGAAAAUGACGAAUUGAAAAAAGAAAUAGAGCAAUUAAAACGCGACAAUCAGUUAGAAACGGAAAAACUACAGGAGGCAGUAGAAAAAUCGCAAAUUCAAGUUGAAAAGUUGUUGAAGGAACAUGAUGCAAAAUCAAAUGAGAUUGAGCAAGUGGCAAAUGAGUUAACUAAUAUAAGAAGAAGCGUCGACGAAGAUAAUGGUAAAUAUUUGGGAAUAAUCAAGAACCUUGAAAAGGAACGGGAAGACCUGCAAAUAAAAUUAAAACAAAUGUCAGAACAUUCUGAUUGUAUAUGUGGCGCCAGCCAAUCUGAAAUGGAAAAGUUAAAAGCAGAGUUAUUCAAAAAGCAAGCCAUCAUAUACGAACUGGAGAGAAGUAUGAACGAACUAACGAAAAGUUUCAAACACUUUGAUAGAACAGCGGACGAUUUGGCCUAUGAAAACUCCAUGCUUAAAAACGACAGGGACAAUUACGUUAGAGAUCUUGAAGCUUUACAGGCCGCUUUAUCAGAAAAAAUUAACGAGCUCGAAGAAAUGAGAAAAAAACUGGAAAAUUCUGAUGUCUUGUGCGAUAAAUGCGUGAAAGCCGGCAGAGAUACUAGCUUGGAAAGAUCAUCAACAUAUGCUUGCCAAUAUUGUGACAACCUAGAAACGAAGAUGGAAAUGAUGAAAAGGGAUCGGGAAAAGCUCGAUCAAGAAAAGCGUAAAAUGGAAAUGAGCGUUGCUAACUACUAUCAGCUACAAAUGGAGCUAGAUUCACUGCGUGGGCAGAGUCAGAAACGGGAUUCCAUCACUUGCAACAAAUUGUGUGAAUUACAGAAAGGUUAUGAUGAGCUUAAAUACCUGUAUGACGUUAGAACUGAUGAGAAUGAGAAGCUGAGGAACGAUCUUUUAAAAAGUGAGGCACAAAGAAAUGAAUCAGAAAAGAAAUGCGAAUGUAUAACAAUGGAAAACAAAAAGCUCAGAGGAAUGAAAGAAGAAAAUGAACAUUUGCAAAAAGCAUGUGCAAGUAAAUCUAUCGACAUAGAGGUGUUAAAGGAUGACCUAAAAGCUGAAACUGAGCAAAGACAAAUAUGCAACAGAAAUUGUGAAGGACUGAAAAAGAAGCAAGCAUGCACUGAAAUUGAAUUAUUGGGAAUGAAGGACAGAUUGGACGAUCUCAGUAAAAAAUACGAAGACAAGUCACAAGAAUUUAAAAAGAUCAAAAAGCAAUAUGAUUCGUGUUGCAAACUAUCGAAAAUUUCCCGGGAAGAAUACAGCACUUUACGCAAGGAGUACAAAGAGAUCAAGACGAUGUUGUCAGAACAAGUGAAAAAAUACAAAAGAGAAACUGAAUCGGUGGAUGGCAGAAGCAGUAGAUCAUGCGAUGUCGUUAAAGAAAUGCGAAAUCAACUAUUGGAAAGGGAGAGGCAAAUGGACCAGAUCCAGCAAAAACUCAAAGAUUCUGGUUACGAGAUAAUUGAACUAAAAGAUUACGUGCACAAGUUGAUAAGCGAUAAUAAUGCAUUGAAAAAGGGUAUUAAUAGUUUAAUAGGCAAUUUAGAAAGCAAAAUUAAAGGAGAUCCAAGUCUUGGCAGUUUUCCUUCGAAUUCCGCAGAAGCGAUCGCAGGAGAAAUUUUGCACAGCUUGAGCAACAUCGAAGAUAUAAUAUCAAAAAACCCGCCCAUUUGCCCUAAAGGUUGCGAAUCCAAAAAUUGCGAUUGCAUGAACCAAAUAACAUCCCAAUACAGCUUUAAAACGGAAAAUCAACAAGGAUCCAGCAGAGGGUGCGCUGAAAGCAGAUCGACUUACAAUGCACCUAAAUGUAAAGCCAAAACGGAAAUUUUGCAUAGGGUUUCUUCAGAACCUGGUAACAGAUGUAUGCCUGAGCCAAGUAGAGUAACAUCGGAAACUAAUACAACUGAUUCAGAUGAUCAAAAUGCAGAUAGAAAGUCACUGAAAUUUUUCAAAGAUGCCAUAGUUGAUCUCAGAACGCGAAUACAUAAAACUAUGAAAGAAAAAUGUUGUGACUGUGAGGAAGUUUCUGCAUAUAGGUAACCCAAAGAAACAAAAAAAUGCUCAAGAUUAUUCAAUUAGUUCAAGAAGGCUUGAGCAACAGAUCUAGUGUUUUUGUAUUUGUGCUCUUUCCAAAAUUCAUUACAUGUAUUUGUGUGGGUACCUUCAUGUCAUCCUGUAAUAAAUAUGAAUCCAAUAGUAUAAUGGUCACUUUUAUUAGAGUCCAACAUCAAAGUCAUUACUACUAAUUUAAAAAAAUCAAGGCUAUUAUUCCAAAUGAACCCUUUGGAGAUAAUUCUUCAAUAAUGAAGUCUUGGCCCCCUACAGCUAAAAAAAGAUAUAGACUAACAUGCUUUUAUUGUCCAGUUUCAUUCUCAUUUUUAUGACAAAACUAAGCUUUAAUACUAAUACAAUUUUAACCAAACAGGCACGCUACAAUAGAUAUUUUAAAAGAAAUUGAGGUAUGAUUUAUAAUAAUAUACUUUUGACAAAGGAUAAAUAAUUUGGUUGCUGGUAUCAGUAUUUCUGGAAAGAUGGAUGAUUUUUUACAGAAUGAAUUCAAAGAAGAGGAUUUGAUAUUAGUUCAACGCAAAACAACAUGAAAAAAGUACUUAACUAGCUAUAACACUAAUCAGUAGGUUCCAAAAAAGACUAUCAAAUUAUCUUAUAUUUGGCACAAUAUAAUUUUUUCUAAAGUUCUCUACUCUACGAGUUAGGACUCUCUUCCACUUUAGAAGUAUUGAUAUUAUUGAGAAACUUAGAGGAUAGAAGUGAAUGUAACUUAUUCUUCAAAGUUAAAGAAUUAACACUUAGAGUUUUAAGAGAUGUUACAGCGCCCUGCAAUGUGAUCUGCGAUUUCAAAAGUUGAUGUUCUAAAGCAUUGAGAUUUUUUCCAGCUUCAUCCACAGUGGUUUGAAUGAAAGUUUCUAUGU